GCGCCGGGGCGGCAGGUACACGUCCGUGCGCCGGCAGGGGUGGCCCCAGCACACCUGUACCCGGGCGAUUCCGGACCUGCACGCAGAACCGGGCCUCGAGCCGCCCAGGUUCUGGGAAGAAUCUCUGGGAAGCCUGUCAGCGCCCCCCGGGAGCCCACCUGCUGCGGGCGGCUUCUUCCGUUCCGUUUUCUUUGGCCUGGGUCUCUGAGCCGGAGCCACGGGGACUUGCCCUGUGCCGCGGGACCUGCGGAAGCCGGGGACUGGACGGUGUGCGGGCUCCCAGGGCCCCUCACACCAGAGGAAGGCCCUCCGUUUUGGCCAGAAUGGAGCAGCCGCAGGGAGUUGAUUGGACGGUCCUCGUCCUGACGUGCCAGUACAAGGACAGCGUCCAGGUCUUUCAGAAAGAGCUGGAGGUGCGGCAGAAGCGCCAGCAGAUCCCCGCUGGGACCCUGUUGCUGGCGGUGGAGGACCCCGAGAUGCGUGUGGGCAGCGGAGGAGCCACGCUCAAUGCCCUGCUGGUGGCUGCUGAGCACCUGAGCGCCCGGGCAGGCUUCACGGUCGUCACGGCUGACGUCCUGCACUCGGCCUGGAUCCUCAUUCUGCACAUGGGCCGAGACUUCCCCUUCGAUGACUGUGGCCGGGCCUUCACCUGCCUCCCUGUGGAAAGUCCGCAGGCCCCGGAGGAGGCCUUGGUUUGCAACUUGGACUGCCUGCUGGACAUCAUGACCUACCGGCUGGGCCCAGGCUGCCCGCCAGGCGUGUGGGUCUGCAGCACUGACAUGCUGCUGUCUGUUCCUGGAAACCCUGAGAUCUGCUGGGACAGCUUCCGGGGAGCCAGAGUGAUUGCCUUUCCAGGGAGUCCAGCCUACGCUCUGGAUCACGGCGUGUACCUCACUGACUCCCAGGACUUUGUGUUGGACAUUUACUACCAGGGCACUGAGGCGGAGAUACAGCGCUGUGUCAAGCCCGAUGGGCAGGUGCCCCUGGUCUCUGGAGUUGUAUUCUUCUCUGUGGAGACCGCCGAACGCCUCCUGGCCACUCACGUGAGCCCACCCCUGGACGCCUGCACCUACAUGGGUUUGGACUCUGGAGCCCGGCCGGUCCAGCUGUCGCUGUUUUUCGACAUCCUGCUCUGCAUGGCUCGGAAUGUGAGCAGGGAGGACUUCCUGGUGGGGAGGCCCCCGGAGAUGGGGCAGAGUGACGCGGCUGUAGCAGCUUACCUGCAGGGUGCCCGGGCCCAGCUGUGGCGGGAGCUUCGAGAUCAGCCCCUCACCAUGACCUAUGUCCCCGAAGGCAGCUAUACCUACAUGACCUCAACCAGUGAGUUUCUGCUUAACUUCACGCUGCCCAGUGGCCCUGGGGCCAAGAUCAUCCACUCCCAGGUGGAGGAGCCAGAGCUCCUGGAGCCUGGGAGCUGUGUGAUCAGCUGCCUGCUGGAGGGCCCUGUCCGACUGGGGCCCGGGAGCGUCCUGCAGCACUGCCACCUGCGGGGCCCCAUUCACAUCGGCGCUGGCUGCUUCAUGAGUGGACUGGAUGUAGCUCAGUCUGAGGCCCUGCGUGGCCUGGAGCUGCGUGACCUCAUCCUGCAGGGACACCACACACAGUUGCGUGGCUACCCAGGCCGGGCCUUCACCCUUGUUGGCCGUCUGGACAGCUGGGGGAGACAGCGUCCAGACACAUAUCUCAACAUGUCCUGGAGCGACUUCUUCAAGAAGACGGGCAUCCGAGAAUGGGAUCUGUGGGACCCAGACACACCCCCUGCAGAGCGUUGCCUUCCCAGUGCCCGCCUCUUUCCUGUGCUCCACCCCUCGAGGGCCCUGGGCCCCCAGGACAUGCUGUGGAUGCUGGACCCUAAGGAGCAUGGAGGGGAGACUCUGCGGACCUGGCGAGCCUCCUGGCGCCUGUCCUGGGAGCAGUUGCAGCCAUGCCUGGAUCGGGCUGCCACGCUGGUCUCCCGCCGGAACCUGUUCUUCUGCCAGGCGCUGCGGAAGGCACAGCACGUGCUAGAGGCCCGGCAGGACCUCAGUCUGCGCCCGCUGAUCCAGGCUGCUGUCCGUGAAGGCUGUCCUGGGCCCCUGCUGGCCACGCUGGACCAGGUUGCAGCUGGGGCGAGAGACCCGGGCGUGGCAGCGCGGGCGCUGGCCUGUGUGGCAGACGUUCUGGGCUGCAUGGCAGAGGGCCAGGGAGGCCUACGGAGCGGGCCAGCUGCCAACCCUGAAUGGAUGCGGCCCUUCUCAUACCUGGAGUGCGGAGACCUGGCAGGGGGCGUGGAGGCACUUGCUCAGGAGAGGGACAAGUGGCUGAGCAGGCCAGCCUUGCUGGUGCGAGCUGCCCGCCACUACGAGGGGGCUGGGCAGAUCCUGAUCCGCCAGGCCGUGAUGACGGCCCAGCACUUUGUCUCCAAGAAGCCAGUGGAACUGCCAGCACCUGGGCAGUGGGUGGUGGCUGAGUGCCCGGCCCGUGUGGAUUUCUCUGGGGGCUGGAGUGACACACCACCCCUUGCCUAUGAGCUUGGCGGGGCAGUGCUGGGCCUGGCCGUGCGAGUGGAUGGCCGCCGGCCCAUUGGGGCCAGGGCACGCCGCAUCCUGGAACCCGAGCUGCGGCUGGCAGUGGGGUCUCAGCAGGACGAGAUGGCCAUGAAGAUAGUGUGCCGGAGCCUGGAUGAGCUGCAGGAUUACUGCCAGCCCCACGCCCCAGGGGCCCUGCUGAAGGCGGCCUUCAUCUGUGCGGGGAUAGUGCACAUCCGCUCCGAGCUCCCACUGAGGGAGCAGCUGCUACGUACUUUUGGGGGUGGCUUUGAGUUACACACCUGGUCCGAGUUGCCCCAUGGCUCUGGCCUCGGUACCAGCAGCAUUCUGGCAGGUGCUGCCCUGGCUGCGCUGCAGCGGGCUGCAGGUCAAGCAGUGGGCACCGAGGCCCUGAUCCACGCAGUGCUGCACCUGGAGCAGGUGCUCACUACAGGAGGUGGCUGGCAGGACCAGGUGGGUGGCCUAAUGCCUGGCAUCAAGGUGGGGCGCUCCAAGGCUCAGCUGCCACUGAAAGUGGAGGUGGAAGAGAUCACUGUGCCCGAGGGCUUUGUCCAGAAGCUCAAUGACCACCUGCUCUUGGUGUACACCGGCAAGACCCGUCUGGCUCGGAAUCUGCUGCAGGACGUGCUGAGGAGCUGGUAUGCCCGGCUGCCUGCUGUGGUGCAGAACGCCCGCAGCCUGGUGCGGCAAGCUGAGGAGUGCGCUGAAGCCUUCCGCCAAGGAAUGCUGCCUUUGCUGGGCCAGUACCUCACCUCGUACUGGGAACAGAAGAAGCGCAUGGCUCCAGGUUGUGAACCGCUGGCUGUGAGGCGGAUGAUGGAUGUCCUGGUGCCCUACGUUCAUGGCCAGAGCCUGGCAGGGGCAGGCGGUGGGGGCUUUCUUUAUCUAUUGACCAAGGAGCCGCGGCAAAAGGACGCUGUGGAGGCCGUCCUGGCCAAGACUGAGGGCCUCGGGAACUUCAGUGUCCACCUGGUAGAAGUGGACAGUCAAGGUCUGCGACUGACGCUGCCACAGAGUGAGGCCUCCCUCUGAUACCUCCCAUC